UGUGUUCGCGCUUUCUCCGUACCGAGACUGCUGAGAGACAGGUACGUUGUGAAGUUGAUCCUUUGUUUGUGUAUCGUGCUAUGUGUGAAAAACGCUAAAUAAGAGAGUUAUGCCAUCUUUUGAAAAUAGCAAAGCUUGUUCAGGGUGUUUUUGCGUGUCAUAGAACUUGGGUACAGCGAGUGUAAUGCUCUUAUUAAGACAUUUAAGCCGACGAAACUGGAGUUGAUACUCAUGCGUCCCGCCACACUUUUUUUUUUUUUUCCCUUUUGAAGGUCCGCAUCAGGGCUUCAGCCACAGAGGUCGCUGGAUUCAUUUUUUAAAUUUUCCAUCAGGUGGACAGGUUCCCACAAGGUCACUGAGAGGACGUCAUUCGCAGUUCGCCUCUUGGGAAAAGGAGACACCUGGUUCUAUAACUCGUCUACCAGACCACCAAAGACCCCAUCAGGCCAGGCGUUCUCUCCACCCAGCGACCCACCAAGGUCCAACUAAGUGUCAGCUGACCCUUCUUCAUUUCAUCAAUCAGCAGAGGUGCCAAAGAAGUUAACUGCGCACUCAAAUAAUCAGAGCGAUCCCGGAGGCAAAGAUGCGAAACUUCACUCCGAGAAUGAUGAUGCACUCCUUCAGUUGGCUUUUUGGCCUCUCCCUACUUUUUAUCACAUUCGCCGAUGACUGCCCAGUUCCGGUAUCAACUGAGAUCGUGACCAACGGAGCAUAUGGGGCGGAAUCCUCCACUUCAGUCACCACCAGCGGAGAAUGUGUAUCCAUCCCGGGAAACAGACAAGUGACUUUCGAGUUUGAUGCUUGUAGAUAUUAUCCGUGUGGCUGGGCUUCUAAAAGUCAUUAUUAUUUGUCUUCUGUCUCAUGGUCAUACUAUACAACUGUGGCUUAUUCAGGGAAUGACUGGCAGAUAUCCUGUCAAUCACACCCUCAUCCUGUGGAAUGUGGGAAGAUGGCUGACUCCAUCUCGUUGGUACGAGUAGGGGCGCUUGGUGCGGGCAACGCCAGACUUGCCUUAACGGUAGAUCUCAGAACUUUUAACUUGUCCUCUUUGAUCACAACCACGACAUCGAUGCAGGGCCGUUUUAUUCCCACAGUUCCAAAUUGUUUAAAUUUGUUGUUAACCCCUUAUGCUUCUUCUGCAGACUCUAUGCCUUUUCGAAUAUGCCAAUCUUUUCCACAAAAUCUAGCUCCCCACAGAGUAGGUCAGGCAAUUCCAGGACAAAGACCUAAUGUACGCGCUCGGUUUACAAACUAUUUGUCUAAAGCCGACGCCCUAGAAGUGGCCACUGGAGUAAUUAAUCUUAAUGCCAAUUCAUGGCUAGAACGGGCUUCAGCAGCACAAUUAGCGUUCCCCCAUUCUGAUUGUUUAGUGUGUAUGGUUGCUAGACCGCUCAUGCUGCUAGUUACCCCUCCUAUUGAUUCCAUUCAUAAUAUGUCAUGUAUUUUGCCUUUGAUGUCCCGAGACGUUCCACCGACUGAUUGCAUACAAUGGGACUCAAUCCAUCCAUUAUCCCCAGCAGAUGCCCCAGUUCCAAUGUUUCAUGCCAGCUCAGUUUCAUUAAACUCGACCUGUUUCCAUAAGGAUUCUACGAGGCAGGGCGAACGUAACGUAAACGUAGGAGGGUUGCCCUCUUCCUUAUGUCGAACCAUAGUAACGCUCAACGAAACAGACGGUUCCGAGUCACUGACAAAAGCACGAGCCGAUGUAUGGUGGUUUUGUGGGGGUACCAGACUGUUUAAUGUACUUGCACCCAAGUGGUCUGGAACUUGCGCUUUGGUUUCAGCCAUAUAUCCAGCUCUGGUCGCUCCUUUAGCAACGCACUCCGAAAUACAUUCAUUAACAACAUCUAAUAUUUUAUCACGUCAUAAGCGAGCACUUCUAGACACUACUCAUCCGUUUUUCGGUUCACAGGUUUACAUAGACGCAAUUGGGGUUCUCCGUGGUGUUCCUGACGCAUAUAAGUCAGUAGAUCAAGCCGCAACAGGAUUCGAAAACCUGCCUAUAUCAGCCAUUUUACCUGUCAGCCCCAAUAAGAACGUGGACCGAAUUAAUUACUUGCAUUAUAAUCAACAAAGGCUCGCCAAUUAUACUCGGGGUGGAUUUGAGGCUGUGUAUGAACAAUUAGCCGCCACUUCCCCUUUGACUUUACAAAGUAACCUUGCAGUUGAUAUGUUGUUGGCAAAAGAAGAUGGAAUCUGUUCCAUGUUUGGUGAUCAGUGCUGUACGGUCAUUCCCAAUAACGCUGCCCCGGACGGUUCAUUAACUGCUUCAUUAAAAAAGUUACAAUCUCUUUCUAAUACAAUGAAGUCACACUCUGGAGUGGACACUAGUAACAGCAUUGUAAUUGUUGCUGUCUUCGCGCCUAUUUUAGCUAUGUGCGUGUGUUGCUGCAUCCCUUGUGUCAGGUCACGGUGUAAAAAAAUCGUUAUUACUGCAAUAGAAAAGCAUAAUUGUGUGAAACCACCACCUUACGUUGCGGCAGAACCGUUAGCCCCUACAACUGCACCACAACCACCACCUUACGUUACGGCAGAACUGUUGGCCCCUACAACUGCACCACAACCACCACCACCUUACGUUACGGCAGAACUGUUGGCCCCUAAAACUGCACCACAACCACCACCUUACGUUACGGCAGAACUGUUGGCCCCAAGAACUGCACCACCCUACCCCACUGAUGACCCUGCUGGUACCUUUCUUUGAUAUUCUUGCUUGUUAUUGGAUUCUCACGAAUCCAAAAGGGGGAUACCGAAAAAAAAAAUUACUGUAUCAUAGCAUAUUGGCCAUGCCCAUAUUAGGCCAUGUUUUUGUACUUCAAUAUUACCUUCGAACCAGCUAGAACCGGUUGUCAAGGUCCUCAACUUAAGAUGUUUUCCUGGUGGAAAAUAGUAAGUUUUGGUUUCGUCCUUACAGUAUGUUUCGAUUUUGUCCUGUCAACAGUGUAAAAGACUUGCCUCGUAUUGUUUUGACUCACGCAUUUGUAUGAUCACAACUUUGGUCUGUAUCACAUUUGUAUCCAGAAUUUUCUGUUUAUAAAACCUUCAAAGGAAAACCUCAGCCUCUGAUUUACAGCAUUCUCACCACCCAAAAUUCAACAAACACGCGAAGGAAAAAGGGGGGAAAAACUCCAUCCUUCAACAAUACACAUCAAUGAGGAAGGUCAUUUGGAAAUGCCACUAACUUUCAGAGAACGUCCACAUCUUCCAAAUAACAAACAGCUUGCAAUAAUGCGACUGAAGCAUUAGACGACAAAAAUGGAAAGAAAUGCUAAAUGCAAAGAGGACUAUAUGAGAUUCAUGAAAUGUCUUUGAGGAUGGUGAUGCAGAAGAAGCUGUAAAUUAGGGUGACCGUAUUUUCAUUUACAAAAGAGGACACUCGUCCCGGCCUCGUGAUGCUUGAAUUUUACUCAACGUUCAUUUAAAGAUUCCUUUAUCAUUUUAAUAUAUUUAAACUGUGCCUCCUCCGUCUGGUUAGAAAAAUUCAGUUUUAUGUAUGGUGGAAAACACAAAGGUGACUUGAAGUUCCGCUCUGAGACCCCCAAUUUGGCCAAAUUUCAAAAUUAUUCUAUAUGCAUGCGUGAUACAUCAUUGGAAAACUUAAAAUCUGUUUUCUGGGGGAACAAAAAUUUUGAUUAAAUUAAAAAACAAAAGCCCUUUUUUUUUAAACAGCAAAACCCUAACUGGAGGUGAGAGCAUGCAAGAGCAUAAUUAAAGACACCAUGAUUUUAAUGAGAUUUUAUCAUGGACUUGUUUCGAUCCAAAAACUCCAUGUAGCAUGUAUCAUCAAAUGUCAAGACACAGAUGUGAACGUCUACCGCUGGAUUUUUGGGGGAUUUUGUGGAUGAAACAUGGUAAUAUAACAAGGGUCGUGAUGCAGAAAUCGCAGACAUCGUGGUCGAGAUGUUCUUUUUCAUAUAUUUAGCCUUUUAAACUUUUUGGGGAAAAAAAAUCUUUGUUUGGAUCAAUUAUUUAUCAUCUAACAUUUUGGGGAAAAUGCGACCGUAACGAAAAAAAUACAAUCAAGCGAUAGUUAUGAGGUAGAUAUCUGACUUUUUUUUUUUUUACAGAUGCUAAUUUUUUCAUUGUGGCGUAAUUAGUUUAAAAGUUAAAAAUAUGCGAGUUUUUUUUUUUUUUCUUCCAAACUAAAUAUUAGACAUCAACCAUGAUUCUAAUCUAAAAAUUGAUUGACUAGUUAGCAACUCGUGUAUAUUAUAAAGUAGAGUUCAUGUCGAUCCAUUUGAGUGGAACGAACCAACACAAUUUCGCUCAGCCAAUACAGCCUAUCUGUCUCCUUGUGCCCUACGAUUGGCUUCCAGUUCAAGGUGUACACCACCUACUGGCCAUAGUUAGCUAAGAUAGGCUCCCGCACCCCCGAGAACUUCAUGAGGAUAAGUUGCGUGGAAGAUAAAUGAAUGAACAAAUGAUAUAUUAAUUUAGUAUGAAGUAGACUUAAAAGUCAAAUCCACUUGUCACAAGUGCAGUUGACCCUCAUGAUACUAGCACCACACCUAUGGUCACGUGAGAAAAUGAAUCCCAUUAUGCGAGCAGAUUUUCAUGAUACGGGUGACGGGCGAAAUCCAGAAAAGCCCCUCUCUCGCUUGGCAUGUCCGAGUGCGGCAUCACACCGUGUGGCGUACGAGCAUCUCACAACAAUAGAAUCCCCCAUCUGUCUACCUGCCGCUCAUCCUCGUUGUCUCCGAUGAUUGAAUUUUGUGCAUCUGAUUUGUGCUAACAAGUGAACAUGAACCAGUGUAUGAACAUGCAAAAUUCAGUGUUGUUCAUGUCAUGCUAUCUUCUUUUCCAUUCGGCGUUUCCCUUCAUUUGCUUUAAUAUUACGGUGUAUGCAAGGGGGUAGGUUUGCAUCGGGACAGUAGGGACAACACUGCCAACUUUUCAGGAAGCUCAAAUUGUCCCCACCAACUUUUAAGCAACCUUAUUUGCAUUGUACAAUGAGUUCAGUUAAAUAGGUAAUUUAGAUUGUCUUCCCCAUAUGUUUUAGGGAUGGAAUUGACCCUACCAUUAUUAAGUGAAUUAUUUUCUUCAUGCUCUGACUUACA